AUGCUCUCCAUGCUUUAAAAAGGGCUACCCCUCUCACCUUCCCUCACCUUCACUCUCUCACUUCUCAACCAGCAGCGUCUGUCGUUCCUUCUUCCACACCCACACCCACACUCCCUUGGGUUCGCUUUGCUCUUUCACUGCUGUGCAGUCCGUCAAUCAGUCCUUAUCCACGAGAUCCUCGAACUCCUCUGUCGAUCAGAGUCAGCCAAUCCUUCGUCUAGAUAGACAUACUUUCAAAGCAAGCAACCCGCUUUCUAGACUGCAUCUUCCUCAAAAAUCAACCAGAUACCCCUCGUGAAACCCCACGAAAACAAACCCCAAGACCAAAAGACGGAAAUUACAAUGGCUCCCAUCACCAAGUCUCUCGCCCUUGUUGGCUCGCUGCUCGCUGCCUUUGCCUCAGCUGCCCCCGUCGACAAGCGCGACCAGGUCGUUGAGGUUGAGACCGUCACCUCUGUCGUCUGGACCACCGUCGAUUUGACCACCACCGUCACUGUCGAGCCCACUGCCGUCCCCAGCGUCGCGAACAAGGCUGCCGACCACACCAUCCAGGCGCACACCAGCUCCCACCACACGACCUCUACCAGCACUGCAUGGGAACAGCCCGCCUGGACCGCCCCCGCUGUGCCAUCCUGGACUUGGUCUCCGGAGGUCCCCGCUCAACAGUGGACCACCAGCGUUGUGACCUCGACCACUGAGCAGUGGCACGCCGCUACCACUUCCUCCACUUCCACUUCCUCCUCCACCUCCACCACCGUUGCUGCCCCCGCCGCGACCACCAGCGCCAGCUCCUCCAGCUCCAGCUCCUCCAGCUCCGGCUCCUCCAGCUCCGGCUCCUCCAGCGGAGCCUGCUCCGAGUCUUCUCCUUGCGCUGGAGACAUCACCUACUAUGAGGUCGGCCUGGGAUCCUGCGGUUGGACCAACACCGACAGCGAACACGUCCUGGCCUUGUCCCACACCAUCAUGCAGAAGGAAUACUGUGGUAAGGAGGUGACCAUCAACUACGGCGGCAAGACCGCUAAGGGUAAAAUUGUCGAUACCUGCAUGGGCUGUGAGCCUGGUUCCAUCGAUCUGUCCUCGUCGCUCUUCCUUGAGUUGGCUGAACUGGGCUCCGGCCGUGUCGGCGGUGUCGACUGGUACAUCGACUAGAUGUGAGAAGAAGUGUGAUUUAUGGAUAGAAUGAUUAUUUAUGUUCUCUUUCAUGUGCAUACUUGGCUAGAUUAGUUGGGAGACCGAAACAGAUUCAUCGCAGUGCGGUGGACGAAAUUGAUUUGAUUCUUUUAUCA